GUUGUCACCGACUAGAUUGUCUGUGCACGCUUUGAUUAAUUUAUCUUGAUUUUGCAUCGCUUAUUAAAAAAAAGAAAAGUUGCUAAUCACAUCUCUCUUUUUUUUUUCCUCAUAAUUCAUAAACAAUGAUUCAACAGAAACAGGGCAUACUUAUUGUGCAAAGUAUCUACCCUUGCUACAUUUGUGCCAAGGAGUUUAUUAAGGCUAAGGAAGUCAUUCGUCACGUCAAGAAAGCUCACGGUUACAUUCUGGUAGCACAAGACCGCGGUCAUCGUGGUCCUGCCGAUGAGCUUUGUGCGUACGCGAUGAGAGGAGACGAAAUAUGGCGGGUACAGGAUCAAUGUUGCCCCUCUUGCUGGUAUCAUGCGCCCAAGAUCAACGGUAUGGAACAGCUCAUGGAACAUAUCAUGGAGGUACAUGAACCAGAACGCGUUGAAGGAUUUAUCAAUCCUGAUGGGGAAGAGAAUGAACUGAUGGACAUUAAAGAAGAGGAAAAAGCACCCGUAAAAGGAGAGGAGGUGGAGUCAGAGGCCAAGGUCAAUACCAGCAAGAAAGAGGCGUUGAUACAAGCCAUUAAGCUAAGAAUGAAAGAAGCCGAACGCUUGCUCGAGAUCCUUCGUAAUGAUUAAUCAUACGAUAAAUAAAUUUAGGAGGG